UUUUGAUCCGCACCAUCCUGGCUUUUCCUUCGAGACACCUGCAAACAACACAUAGCAUCCACAAUGGCCGCCCAUUCCGAGCAAAUCAAGAACAACUUCCUCAACAAUCCCUACGCCCAGCAGGUUUUCAACAUUGCCAACGGCCAGGUCUCUGCUCUCGAUGCCGAGCUUAACAAGUACCCAAUCCUCCGUCAGCUUGAGCAGCAGACCAAGGUCCCCAAGGCCUACGGUGUCAUCGCCCUUGGUUUCUCCUCUGUCCUUCUCAUCUUCUUCAAUAUGUUUGGCCUUGCCCAGCCCAUCUCCAACCUCAUCGGCUGGGCUCUCCCCGCUUAUCUUUCCAUCCUGGCCAUUGAGUCUCCUCAGACCAACGAUGACAAGCAGUGGUUGACCUAUUGGGUCGUCUUUGGUUCUCUCAACCUCGUCGAGUCCAUGGGUUUGAGGGCGGUUCUCUACUGGGUUCCUAUGUACUUUGUUUUCAAGACCCUUUUCACCAUCUGGCUCAUGCUCCCUGCCACCCGAGGUGCUGAGAUUCUCUACUUCCACUUCCUCCGGCCCAUGGUUGGCAACGUCAAGUCUCGAAGCCAAUCUUCUUUCGGUACAUCUGACCCCCUUGCCAAGGAGACUGGCUUCAACCCCGCCGGUACCACCGCCCCUUCCUCUUUCGCUCAUGAAAAGACCCUCUAAGAUGGCUUGGUGCAGAGAAAAGCAGAGAAUGUCGGAUAGCCUCUUUUGGAUUAACGACCCGUAACGCCAGGUUUUGAGUCUUGAAUUUUUCAUAAUUGUGGUUGGAAGGCGUUCUCCGUUUUUUUACUUGUGUCAUAGCGUUCUUGUUUGCUUCAACCCCAAUUAAUUCCCUUUUUUUCUUAAAUUAUUUUGCGGAAGCAAGAAUACUUUUUCACGAGAGUGUGGGUAAAAGUAGAAGAGAAAGAAAUGAAUCCGAUGUGGAUAUAUACCUGACCAUGAUGGAGC